AUGCCAACAACCUUGAAAUCCAGACAAGACAUCUGCUUGACACGCCCUCGCCACCCUGGACUUGGUGUCCCAUAGACCGGGCCAUGAAACGUUCUUCUCGUUUAUGAUUUAAAUUUCAAUCAUCAUCAGCAGUCGCUCAGUGCCCAGCGACACCCAUUUUCAAUCUUUAGAGUUGAGCAGACGCUGCCACACUUCAAGAUGCUUCUUCUGCAAGUCCUCCACUGACCAUCAUUUUCGCCAUCUUCUUCUUCUUCUUCUUCUUCUUCUUCUUCUUCUUCUUCUGGUGUGACCUUUGCUUGAUCUAAGGCAGAGAAGACGAAGAGACGAAGACAUGAGUUUCAGGGAGGAAACAGAGGAACUUCGGAAGCCAUUCCUGCACACCGGAAGCUGGUACCGCAUGGGCUCCAGGCAGUCCAGCAUCAUGGGCUCCUCUCAGGCCAUCCGCGACGGCUCCAUCUCCGUCCUCUUUUGCGUCCUCAUCGUUGCCUUGGGCCCUAUCCAGUUCGGCUUCACGUGUGGUUACUCUUCUCCUACGCAAGACCAAAUCAUCAGCGAUCUCGGGCUUUCCCUCUCGGAGUUCUCUCUUUUUGGUUCGUUGUCGAAUGUGGGUGCCAUGGUUGGGGCAAUAACCAGUGGUCAGAUCGCAGAAUACAUGGGGAGGAAAGGGUCGCUAAUGAUUGCCUCGAUCCCUAAUAUAAUAGGAUGGCUCGCCAUUUCAUUUGCCAAGGAUUCCUCAUUUUUAUACAUGGGAAGGUUGCUAGAAGGAUUUGGUGUUGGCAUAAUCUCUUACACGGUGCCAGUAUACAUAGCAGAGAUAUCACCUCAGAACAGGAGAGGGAGCCUUGGGUCUGUCAACCAGCUCUCAGUUACAAUUGGGAUAAUGCUGGCAUAUCUGUUGGGAAUGUUCGCUAAUUGGAGGGUGCUUGCAGUUUUAGGGAUUUUGCCAUGCACAAUAUUGAUACCUGGUUUAUUUUUCAUACCAGAAUCUCCUCGGUGGCUGGCCAAAAUGGGGAUGAUGGAAGAAUUUGAAGCCUCCUUGCAAGUUCUAAGGGGAUUUGAUUCUGAUAUCUCCAUUGAAGUGAAUGACAUUAAGAGAACUGUGGCAUCAACAAGCAAAAGAUCUACAAUCCGGUUUGCUGACCUCAAGAGAAAAAGAUACUGGUUUCCUUUGAUGGUAGGCAUUGGGUUACUCUUACUUCAGCAACUCAGUGGAAUCAAUGGUGUUUUAUUCUAUGCCACUGAAAUAUUUGAGAGUGCUGGGAUUUCGUCAAGUAAUCUUGCAACAUUAGGAGUUGGGGUUAUUCAGGUUAUUGCUACUGGGGUCACUACUUGGUUGGUGGACAAGGCUGGCCGCAGGCUUCUUCUUAUUGUAUCCUCAUGUGGAACGACUCUUAGCCUCCUCCUUGUUGCAGUUGCCUUUUAUUUGGAGGGUGUAACUUCAGAAGAUUCUCAUCUUUAUAAAGUAUUGGGGAUAUUGUCAGUUGUAGGGCUCGUGGCUAUGGUAAUUACAUUUUCUCUGGGACUUGGAGCGAUUCCAUGGCUUAUGAUGUCUGAGAUUUUUCCGGUGAAUAUUAAGGGCCUUGCUGGCAGCCUAGCAACAUUGGCAAAUUGGCUAUCAUCCUGGUUGGUUACCAUGACUGCAAACCUACUUUUGAGUUGGAGCGCUGGAGGGACAUUUACGAUUUACGCGUCAAUCACUGCUUUUACUAUUGUCUUUGUGACGAUUUGGGUACCUGAAACAAAGGGAAGAACUCUAGAAGAAAUUCAGUGGUCGUUCAGAUGAAUUUGUUUGCACAAGCAUGCAUCUAUCUUAAGCUGGAUUCAGGAGAUGUUUUAUGCUUGGCAAUUGGCAUCAUGCACAUGCAGAUCACUUCCAUGCAUCGUUACACAUGUUUCACUUGCAUAGCAUCUCUUCGUGUGGGUUUUCUAAGCAAAAGAGAAGAAUGUGUAACAAAAAUGUUCGUCAAAUACAUUCUAUGAUCUUUCCUUUUGCACUGGUCAAGUUUUCAUGUUAAAUGACUCAGUUCAUUAUAAAGGCCCAUGUCUUAACACAAAACAGCGGUUGUAGGAUGAAAUUGUAGCAUGAGUUCAUAA